AGAUCUUACUAGCAUUAAAAUCAAAUCCAAAUUAAAAAAAAUAAAAAUCAUACUAUUCACUAUUCAUUAUCCUCACCGAAAAACAUCAUAGUACAGUUGGAGUUUUCAGCCUCUGACACACUUCACCAGUUGAUUCAGUUCAGUCCAAAUAUUACAAGGUAGUUCCUGUCUUUUUCCUGGGAUGUUCUUAUGUUCAAGUCUGAACCCAAAAGCUAACUUGAGAUUGGUAUAUGAAAAAAAGAUAGUAAAUUAGAUAAGAUAGCAGGAAAAUGGAGAAAGUUGUUAAAUUGGAUAACUGGGGAUAUGAGGUGACAACUUCUUCUCAAGCAUGUAUUUCAGCCAUCAAUGCCUACUAUCAUCAGGUACUAAGCUAUGGCAGAGAGAAGCAUGUGAUUCUUGAAGCUGUAGCUCAUGACAAAGAUUGUACCUUGGCCAACAUCUUAGCAUCCCAUUUUCUCCACUCUUCUGAUCCUUCCAAAGCUUCCUUUUUUCUUGAUUCUGCUAAAUCCAAUCUGGAACAAGCUACCUUGUACGAGAGGCUAGUUUUUGAUGCUGUCAGUUAUUUAAUAUCUAAAGAUAGAGAUGAUGAUGUGGCUUAUGAAUUACAUGCUAAACUUCUAAAAGAGUUCCCGAGAGAUCUUGUUUCUCUGAAGAGGGCGCAAGUGCUAUGCUUCAUCACAGGCCGGCCUGAUCUUUCUUUAUCUCUUGUUCAUCAGGUACUACCCCAAAAUAAGGGAGAAAGUUUCAUAUAUGGCAUGCUUUCUUUUCCUUCAUUGGAGCUCGGUCGUAUGAAAGAAGCCGAGGAAGCUGCCAAAAGGGGAUUUGAAAUUAAUAAGCAAGAUAGCUGGGCACAUCAUGCUUUGUGCCAUAUUUAUCAGUACGAGUGCCGUUUUAAAGAAGCUGUGGAGUUCAUGGAAGAAUGUUCACCUUCAUGGAGUUCUUGUUCAUCCUUUAUGUUGACCCAUAAUUGGUGGCAUGUAGCACUUUGUUACUUAGAAGGUAAUGGUCCAAUGAACAGAGUGCUUGAAAUAUAUGAUCAUCAUAUAUGGAGGGAGUUAGAUCAACCUGAUGCUGUGGCUGCAGAGGUUUAUCUAAAUGCUGCUGGCCUACUUUUGCGGUUGUGUGUACGUGGCGAAAUGGAUAUCAUUGGAGAUCGUCUCAAGAUCCUAGCAGAAUACCUAACUGAUAAAGCCAACUGGUAUAUGAAGUGGCAACUUGAUAUAUUGACAGUGUGGACUCUUGCAAAGACUGGAGAAUUUUCCAAAGCUGAAGAGCUUCUUGAGGGAUUAAAACUUAAAAGGAUUUCGAGGAUGACGAAAAAGAAGCAACGAGUAAUGCAUAGAGGAUUGGUGCUUGCAGAGGCAGUUUAUGCUUAUGGGAGUGGCAAUGACAGACAUGGGUUGGAAAUACUUGGUCCAGAUUUCGAUGCUCAUUCUUUUAAGCUGAUUGGUGCAUCUGAUGAACAACUAGAUGUGUUCAAUGAAGUUUGGUACAUCAUGUUGCUGAAUGCUGGUGAAGCAAUCAAGGCUAUUGAAGUGUUCGAGAGGCGAAUCGAGAAGAGGCAGGGGUUCGCGUUCUUGUGGCGUCUGCUGGAGAGUGCAUACAAACUAGCAAAGAUGCCAGAAGAAGCUACUAUAGCAAAUGAGAAAGCAAGAGCUUUGGAGUGUGCAUAUUUCCAGUGAAAGGAACAAACAAUUACAUAAUAAUCCCAGUAAUAAGUUGAUGAAUUAUAGUGAGUUAGCACACAUCUGUGCUAAUGUAAGAAGUAUGAACUAAGAACUAGUAGUAUUAUAAAAUAAAAUUUUACAUAUUGUCUAGUUUGUGUUGUUUAAUCUAAUCUAAUUUGGUAAAA